AUACGUAAAACAGCUGAAAAAAUAUCAAAAAAUAACGAUGAAUUUCCUGUUCUCCAAGCAACAUUUUAUUUUCUACGAAUUUUACAAAUUUGGCCAGCUGUUGGACAAAAUUUCACAUCGAAACUUUAUAUUCUAAAAGCAUCACUCAGUUUAAUCAUUAGUACAAUCCCCACUGUUGCAACUACAGCUGAAAUAAUCCACAUUUGUUUUUCAAAUGAUAAUUUCUCCACCGACGAUCUCCUUUCUGCCUUCGCUGCUGUAGCAGGAGCAACAAAUCUCUUCUGCGUGACUCUUUCAUUAAUGAUCCAACAAAAAAACGUCCUAAAACUAACAAAAUCCCUCGGAGACUUUCACUACUUUCCAAAACCCACAAAUUUCAACCUGACAAACACAAACAUGAAUUUAUUAUCAAUGGGAUUCAUUCUCUACACACAAUUCGGCGUAUUAUCCUCCGCAUUUUUCGGAGUCAUCGGAAAAUCAUCCUGUGAAGAAGAAAGUAUAAAACUAGACAUAAAACGCAUCUGUGGAUUGUUUUUCCCCGCGUAUUUACCACAAUAUUUCAAUGAUUAUCCUUAUUAUCAACUUUAUGUCUUCAUUCAAUCAUUGAACGCCGCUAUGUUGAUAUCAUCGGGAAUUUUAGUCAUUGCAUUCACUUGUGGGGUUGUAGAAUUAUUAACGUGUCACAUUGCGAAUUUAAAACGUCUUUUAUCUGAAUGUUUCGACGUGGAAAAUGAAGAAGAACGCAAAAAUCGAUUGAAAUUAUGCGUUAAAUAUCACGUACACAUUAUAAAAAUGGCAGAAAAAAUGAAUUCGACGCUAGGAAAUGCAACGUUUGCGAAUGCAACCUUUACAGGGAUUAUUCUUGCGAUUGUUUUCUUUCAAUUCACAAGAGAACCGUCGGUGAAAACUUUUAUUCAUGGUUUUGGAUGGCUUUUAGCUUUGUUUGUCAUUUCUUACUGCGGACAACGAUUAAUCAAUGAAUCUGAAGGAAUUUCGAAUUGUAUGUACUUUACUGAUUGGUAUACGGCCGAUGUGGAAGCGCAAAAGUAUUUAAUAUUAAUAAUCGCACGUAGUAAUCAUUAUUUAUACCUGGACGCCAAAGGUUUUGGCCAUGUUUGUUUAGAGACGUUCACAAACGCACUCAAAGCCGCGUAUUCAUUCCUCACACUAUUACUUAACUCUGCAGAUGAUUAUUAA